AUGAAUCGUACGGCAUUCUGUUCUUCUUUCACCAUCAAUAACGGGUCUUCAAAUCGACAGUCCUGUAUCUCAUUCUCACUGCGACCAGCGCCAUGGGACUCAGCAAAGAUUUUGGUUCACCCUUCAGGCUAUCCAAUAGAGGCACCGCCUAUGUACUCGAUCAUAUCCAAGGAUAGCGCUCCAAACGUCGUAUUACUUCGGGGCUGGGGUGAGGGUCCAUGGGACAUCGUCGGCGACGCUCGACUUCCAACCCUAUCUUCCAAGAUACAUCUGACUUUUUACGGCCAACCAAUAAACAUGCGUUUGAACCAACUCUCGGGCAAUUGCGCUCUCGAGUCACCCGCCGUGGGCCAAGUGAAGUGGAGACCCGAUAUGCUCACAGGGAGGGACAUGCAGUUGCAGGAUGGUACUGGUAGAAAGCUAGCCAGGCUACGACCAGGGAAAUCGGGUGAGAAGCUCUUGGAGAUUCUCGUCUCUCAUGACGGUCCUUUCUUUGAGAUGGUGUUGCUAUCAGGAUGGACUGCCAGAGCUAUCAACAAGUCGAUGACAGAGGCAACAGGGGAAAUUCUGAGCUCUGUCAUAGGAGCUUAG